ACGACGCCGUUUGCUCGAUCACCUGCAAAUCCCUUUCCCUUCCACGCCCAUUUGCAACUCUGUCAAACCAGCGGCUGUUCGUUGAACUCUAAUGCUUCUUCACAAAGCUUAUUCAACUGCAACUUCUAAUCUCAACUGGAGAACUCAAAUCAACCAAAUUCAAAUGGUUUCUCAAAUCUCCUCCAUUUUAAUCCAAAGACACAACUGGGUUUCACUUCUUCUCAAUCUUAAUCUCUCCUCUAAGCUAACUCCUUUUCUCUUCCUCCAAAUCCUUUAUAAUACCCAAUCCCACCCUCAAAUCUCUGUCAACUUCUUCAACUGGGCCGUAUCCAAUCUCAAAUUCAAGCCAGACCUCAUAUCUCAAUGCCACGUUAUCCAAGUUUCUCUCCGUGCGGGUCUUACACAAUCCGCGAAGACCAUCUUGGAUUCUCUAGUUCAAGCCCACAGUUCAGAAAUGCUCGUGGAGACGAUGGUUCGAGCUUGUAAAGGUAAAAGUUCUCAAUCUGAUGUGUUAAGCUUUGUCCUUGAAUGCUAUUCGCGUAAGGGUUUGUUUAUGGAAGCUUUGGAGGUGUAUAGGAAAAUGAAAGUUAUUGGUUGUACUCCUUCUGUUCAUGCCUGUAAUACACUUCUUGAUGUUUUGCAAAGAGGAAAUAAGACAAAAUUAGCCUGGUGUUUUUAUGGUUCCAUGCUUCGAAUUGGGAUUCUUCCAGAUAAGUUUACUUGUUCACUGGUUGCUCAUACUCUUCGUCUAGAUGGGAAGUUUGAGAGAAUUGUUAAAUUGUUAGACAUGGGUAUUUGUAAUUCAGUUAUGUACAAUUCUGUUGUUGAUUAUUAUGGUAGAAUUGGGGAUUUGGAAGCUGCAUUUUGUCGAAUAAAUGAGAUGCAUAAUAGAAAACUUGACACUAGUUUCAGUACCUAUAGCUCCAUACUAGAUGGAGCUUGCAAAUGUAGGAAAGUUGAAGUAAUUGAGAGAGUAAUGUCAAUAAUGAUGGAGAAAGGAUUGCUUCCAAAGCCUCUUUUAUCUGAAUGUGGUUCAACAAUUCAGAAGCUUUGUCAUUUGGGAAAGGUGAAUGCUGCAACAAUGUUUUUCAAAAAGGCUUGUGAUGAGAAGAUUUUGUUGUGGGAUGCUACAUAUGGGUGUAUGCUAAAGGCAUUUUCUAAACAGAAAAGGGUAGAGGAAGCUAUCAGUUUAUAUCGAGUAAUAAUCGAAAAGGGUAUCACUAUAAAGAACAGUGCUUAUCAUGCAUUUGUAGAUCUUCUUUGUGAGGAAGAACAACUUGAGGACAGAUAUGGAAUACUGAGGGAAAUCAUGAGGAGAGGUUUUAGUCCAUGUACAUCUAAUUUGUGUAAAUUUAUCUCAUCGUUAUGUGCAGAACGCAAAUGGCAAGAGGUGGAAGAGCUGUUGAAUGUGAUUCUAGAGAAUGGGUUAUUACCAGAUUCAUUAUCCUGUUGCUCCCUAGUAGAGCAUUAUUGCUCCAUCAGACAGAUUGAUAAAGUUAUAGCAUUGCAUGGCAAGUUGGAGAAAUCAGGAGCAAGUUUAGAUUUAACAACAUAUAAUGUAGUCCUUGAUGGUUUAGUUAAAGAAGGAAGGAUUGAAGAUUCAAUUAGGGUGUUUGAUUAUAUGAAGGGACUCAAAUUAGUGAAUAGUGCAAGUUUUACAGUGAUGAUCCGAGCGCUUUGUCGUGCGAAGGAACUGAGAAAAGCAAUGAAACUGCAUGAUGAAAUGUUGAAUAUGGAGCUUAAACCAGAUAAAGCUACCUAUAAAAGAUUGAUAUUGGAAUUCAAGCAAUAGAAUGUACACUUUAAUGUCUUUGUUUGGUCUGUAACUGUGCAGGCUGAAACUGCAUACUUUGCCCUCUUUUUAUGACUUGAUCAUUUUUUCCAGGCCA